AAAAAUAUAUAUAUUCUUUGAAAGAUUGGUCGAUUUAGAACGUUUCUUCACCACGCUCCUCCCUUUCCUCCACCAACUUAAAACUAAAAACCUCUUUUUUGUUUUUAUUUAAACGUUCUAGUAACGUUUUUAUUUUAUAUUUUUUCUCUUUUUUAAUUCAAAAAAAAAACUUGACCCCCUACACUUUUUUACACUAUGACCGAACAAAACGAUUAUUUACUUUUAUCGUCUGAUAUCUUUGGAAAAGACCAGUCGCUUUCUCAUUUUCUUCAAGACAAUAACGAGUUUCCUUCUCCAGCUUCUUCAACGGAUACCCUUGAUAGUCCCAUCAUGAUGAACAACUUAUCAAUUGACCCAACUGUAUUGCAAAACCUGCCAAUGUCGGUUCUCCAAUCUCUUGCUGCCAUGUAUCAGCAAAAUGAUUUGUCCACAGAGAACUCAUUUGAACAGUUUGUCAAGUUUGAAGAAGACAACAGCAUUGCUUCCAUCGGUGAAUCCCCCGCUCCUAUCGCUGUUGCUCCCAACGCUACUGCUGUUGUUCCUACUGGUCAAAAACCUAAAGCUUACCGUCCUCCACGUCAAUUAGAAUGUCACAAUUGUCACGUCACAAAGACUCCGCUCUGGCGUCGUACUCCUGACAGAGCUCAUUCUCUUUGUAAUGCAUGUGGUCUCUACUAUAAGCAAUAUGGUACUCAUCGUCCGCUCCAUGUUCGUCAAAAGCAACAAUCAAGCAAGCCAUCCUCCCCUGCCCCUGUCUCUCCCAUUCAAUCUCCUCAACAAUCUGCUGAUGUUGAUAUGCGUCCUCAACAACAAUGUAACAGCUGUCAACAAACCAACACUCAGCUCUGGAAGAAUAGUGAAAAUGGUGAGUCUCUCUGUAACUCUUGUGGUAUCUAUCAACAACAGCAACAACAAAGUCCAUUGAAGCGUCGUCGUGAAAGCGAACAUGAUUUGAUGAACAAGAGACAGAGUAUUGAUAUGCCUGCUUUAUUCCCUGCUACACCUGUUAUGCCACCCUCUCCUCCUUCUGUUGCUGCGCAAUCAAAGGAAUGGGCCGAAAUUGAUGAUACACGAUUCAAGACUUUACUUUCUCGUAUGAAUGCUCAACAAAUGCAUGGUUUUUUGGGUAUGCUUGAACGUCGUUGUUCAAUUUUACGUUCUAUUCUUGUACCUCAACAAGAAUAAAAAUAGCCCCUCUUGUGUAUAUCUUUUUCUCUUUUUUUUUCUCUUUUUUUUUUAAUUUUCUUCACCCCACGGUUUCUUUCCUCAACGAAAGUUUCCCUUGUACAUGUUCAACACAUCUGUAGUUCUUUUUUUAAACAAAAAGCUACACCCCCAUCUUUAUUUUUAUAUUUGUAUCUUUUUUUUUUUCCAUACUUCUUUUUAAUUUCACUUACCCCCAAUACCGUUCAACACUUAUUUACAAAAAAAAUAAAUGGCGAUUACUCCACCAAA